CUUUCCACGAUGAAGUUUGCAACUCCUCUGGUCUUGGCUCUGGCUGCACCCCUGGUAGCAGGCAGCGUGCUGCGAGAGAGACAAGCCUCAUCCUCUUCCUCUUCAGCCACUUCGUCUUCAUCCACUUCAUCCUCAUCCUCCGGCUCUAGCGGCGGUGCCUUCCCCACCGACAUUGGCUACCUCGGUAAAGGCACUGCAGGCCAAGUCCCCUUCCUUGCGGAGAACGACACUCUCCCUGGCUCCCGCGGCAACUCUCCAUACGAGUACCGCUUUAAUGCUACCGAUGCCGAUGCGGAAGAAUUCGACAUUUGGAAGAGUAUGGGAAACUUGUCUCCCUACUACUCUUCGCCUUCUUACCCAGAGACGACUGCUCAUAAGGUCUUGAAUGAUACGUGCAGCGUUAAGCAGGUGCACAUCUUCCAUAGGCACGGCGCUCGUUACCCCACUUCUGGCUCAUCCGAAGGCGCCCCCCUCCUGGGGCAGACGGUGGCCAACUACACUGCUGCAGGCAACUUGACAGCCAAUGGACCCCUUGCUUUCCUCAAGAAGUGGACCUACGGCCUCGGAACAGAGUUGCUUGUCCCUAUCGGAGCCCAGCAGCUAUUUGACUCGGGCGUCUACCACUACCAGCAGUACGGCAAGCUCUUCAACACCUCUCUCCCACACAAGCCCGUGGUGCGAACCCCUUCGCAGAGUCGCAUGCUGAACAGUUCGCGCUACUUCACCUUGGGCUUCUUCGGCUACGAUGCGCCAGAGAAGAUCGACCUCGAGGUCAUCAUCGAGACGGAUGGAUUCAACUCCUCCCUCAGCCCAUACGAUGACUGCCCCUCAGCUGAGGACGUCUACGUUGGGGACGACUAUCUCGCUCCGGUAUGGAGGAAGAUAUACACAAAGAGCGCCAUUGAGAGGCUGCAGCCGCACACCAACAUCCCUCUCACGCCCGACCUCAUCUACGGAGCGCUGUCUGUUUGUCCCUACCAAAGCGCUGCUCUGGGCUACAGUCCUUGGUGCGGCGUCUUCACUCGCGAAGAAUGGGAAGGGUUCGAACUAGAUUUAGAUCUUCAAUUCGCUGGUGACUACGGCUUCCUUUCUCCAACCGGUCGUGCACAAGGAAUCGGCUACGUCCAGGAGCUUCUGGAUCGUCUGAGCAACAGCUCUUUUAGUGGACCUGUGACUACUCAAAACUCCACACUCGACGAGUCCUCGACCUACUUCCCUCUGGACCAACCAAUCUACAUCGAUUUUACCCACGACGACGUAAUCGUCUCUGUCCUCACGGCGCUCAACAUGACGCAAACGGGCGACUAUCUCUCUUCCACUCAUCGCGACCCCAAGCGCAACUUUGUCCUCUCGCGAAUCGCGCCCUUUGCCGGUCGACUCGUCUUUGAAGUCAUUGAAUGCUCAGGAAAACACUACAUCCGCAUCCUCAACAACGAAGCCAUCAUCCCUCUCAAUGAAGACCAGGGGUGCCCUCGUAGAGCUGAUGGAAUGUGUCCCCUGGAAGACUUUAUCAAGCAUCAAAAGGCACAUGCCUACAAGGACUCGAACUUUGAUUAUGUGUGCUUUGGAAACUAUACGACGCCUCAUUCGGGUGUGCGAAAUGGUACGCUGGGAUGAGGAGGUCUAAGAAAGAAGAGGUAUAAGCUGAUAGGUAAGAAAUGGGUUCUGGGCGGAAGUAGCUGAGAGACAGCUACCAAGCUUCAUCGCGUCAGCGUCAUCGUCCGGACUACCAUCCUGAGUGCUGGCCUCGUCCUGUCGAAGCGAAGAGCUCCGACCGCUCGCACACACCCCACCCUAGACUUUCUCUGUAGCCAUAACCGAACCAACAUGGAAUGCAAUAUGAAUACACACUACUCGUCCGCAGCUAGCUAUGCAUGACCCCUCUCGCUUCGCU